AUGGCUGCUGCACGGCCUCGCCCUUAUCGGCGCAUAUUGACCUCGGCCCUGCACAGAAGAUUUGUGCAUGCUUCUGCACUGGCGCUGUUAGUCUGCUACAUUGUUGCAUUUGCCCUUGGUGAGAAAUCAUCAUUCUUCUGGUCAUGGUUUCCAAUUGGAGCAUGUGGAAUUCGAACAGUUCUACUCUCUCUCUGCAGCCUUGUCAUCUUUGUCCUGCGUGUUGGUCAGAUGCACCUUGGCGCAAGGACGACAGCCUCGUCAAUAAGUACUCUCAAGCAACUUAUUCCGUUCGAUGCUUUCCAGACCUUCGGAUGGUACAUGUUCUCAGCCUGGUGGUUCAACGAGAUCUACAGAUGGUCUUCGCCGCUUAGUGUGCACUUGGAAUGGGUGAACCGAGCCAGACCUCAUGAACGCGCAAGUCUCAACGAGCGGGCUAUAUACCUUUACACCUAUCACCUCGUGCUAGCAGUCAUACAGUCGCUUUUUCACCUGUACGAUGAUUAUGACCGAGUUCCUGUCCCGGUCGCCAAACGGUCUGAGAAGGACAAAGGUGCAGUUCAGUCCACUGCCAAACGCAUCCAGGCUGAAUUCCUGCCGACCAUUGUUGGCGGAAUCAAGAGGAGUUUGUUCGUUGCUUUGGCUUGCCCUCUGGCGUACUCCAUUCUUCUCCGUCGUUAUGCGUGGAGUACCGCUUUGUAUUUUGCCAAACUCUUCUGGGAUAUCCCCAGGUCCGCCGCUCAUCCGCCGGGCUUUCUUCCACCAAUCACACCGGGAAUCAUCUUCAGGUCAAUGGUCUCAGGAGCGCUUCUGAUGCUUUGUUGGCAGAGCGCCAACCUUUUCUUUUCCAUAUUUUUGAGCAAAGAGCCCCUCAAGCGCGGCCAGCCUUUGACAGCCGAUGCUAAAGACCCCAACGGCAGCUUGCUUACCGGCCUCAAAGCGAAGAAGGAGACGGUUCGAGCCUUUGCAUUCUGGGAACUACUUUUGAUCAGCCAGCAGUUUCCUGAUCGUCGCAAAGCGGUCUUUAAUGAUAUCGACCGCGAAGAAGGGGCAGCCUGGUCUCAGAUUUUCGCCGCGACCACAGAAGUGGUCAAGGGUGUCGCGACCCGAGUCAAACCAAAUUUCGAUGAGAAGGAAUAUCAAGAGACAAGGGAACAGAAAAAGGCACAUUCCGGUAUCGACACUGGCCCUCCAAAGGAUGAGCUCGUCCUUCGCACUCUCCCUCGACUCACAGACCCGCUAAAGGCGCCAAAUGAGGUUGACAUCUUCGCCCCCGUCCCCAAGACCGCUUCUCACCAGGAGGCUUGGAAUGAGACCAUCAAAUCAUUCGGAAACAACCCCGACUGGACUCCUACCGCCCGUGCCAAGGCUGUUGAUGUCCUGGACCGGGCAUUAUCUGCCGUGCUCAGUCCCGAACAGAAGCAGAAGCUCCUUGCUACUUACAAGGAACUCGUCGAGCGCCUCACCGGUCCCUUGAUCACGUGCAAGCCCGAAGACCUGCACCCUCUCAUGGCACAAGCCCUUCGCACUCCAAUCGGCCGCCAUUUCCAACACACUUACGCCCGUCGCUUGUCCGGUAUCGUCCUUGGCACACCCCACGCCAAUAUAUGCUCCAUUGUUCACUCCAUCGACUCUAUUACUGGCCUCUCCAUCAAGAGUCUCGAAGAGGAUUCCUACGGUAAAGUCCAAGCCGAUGUUCCUGCCCUCAUCCGUCUGUUCACCGAAACCAUCCAAACCCUAGAGCCGUUCAUCAACGGCGGUCUGGACGCGCACUGGACGGACGUCGAUUUCCCACCUUCCAGCAAUCCGGAGGCGCAGGCCCAGGCUCGUCGGGUUCCUGAUGUGGAUCUAGUCCUGACGACGCUCAAACACUCUCUCAAAGACAUCCUAUCCGCAUUCAACAAAUAUUUCACCGUGAUGGACUUAGAUGCUAGGGACCUCCGGCUAGCCGAGGAGGCCGCUGGCGUGGUUAAUGCGGGUCUGUAA